ACAGCCCUCAGAGGACCGCCUGCCUUCCCACCAGGGGCUGGGGGAAGCCAAGUCUUCCAGCUCCUCAUCCUCGAACCAUUCUGACUUUUUCAGGAUGGGUAGCAGUCCCCUGGAGGUCCCCAAACCCAGCUUCCCGCGGUUCCAGCCACUCGACCAGCCAUGUCUCUCAGCGGAGCCUCUGAGCGCAGCGUCCCGGCCACCAAGAUUGAAAUUACCGUGUCCUGCCGGAAUCUGCUGGACCUCGACACCUUCUCCAAGUCCGAUCCCAUGGUGGUGCUUUACACGCAGAGCCGGGCGAGCCAGGAAUGGCGAGAGUUCGGACGGACAGAGGUGAUCGACAACACGUUAAACCCAGACUUCGUGCGCAAAUUUGUCCUCGACUACUUCUUUGAGGAAAAACAAAAUCUGCGCUUUGAUGUGUACAAUGUUGAUUCCAAAACCAACAUCUCCAAAACGGAUUUCCUUGGACAAGCGUUCCUGGCUCUGGGAGAGGUGAUCGGAGGCCAGGGCAGCCGUGUAGAGCGACCCCUCACGGGUGUACCAGGCAAGAAGUGUGGGACCAUAUUGCUGACUGCAGAGGAGCUUAGCAAUUGUCGGGACAUUGCCACCAUGCAGCUGUGUGCAAACAAGCUGGACAAGAAGGAUUUCUUUGGGAAAUCAGAUCCCUUCCUUGUGUUCUAUAGGAGCAAUGAGGAUGGCACGUUCACCAUCUGCCACAAGACGGAGGUUGUGAAAAACACACUGAAUCCUGUGUGGCAACCCUUCAGCAUCCCUGUGCGGGCACUGUGCAAUGGAGACUAUGACAGAACAGUGAAGAUUGAUGUGUAUGACUGGGACCGGGAUGGAAGCCAUGACUUCAUUGGUGAGUUCACCACCAGCUACCGGGAGCUGAGCAAGGCCCAGAACCAGUUCACAGUGUAUGAGGUACUUAACCCUCGGAAGAAAUGUAAGAAGAAGAAAUAUGUCAACUCAGGAACUGUGACGCUGCUCUCCUUCUCUGUGGACUCUGAAUUCACUUUUGUUGAUUACAUCAAGGGAGGGACACAGCUGAACUUCACAGUUGCCAUUGACUUCACAGCUUCUAAUGGGAAUCCUCUGCAGCCCACCUCCCUGCACUACAUGAGUCCCUACCAACUCAGCGCCUACGCCAUGGCCCUCAAGGCAGUGGGAGAAAUCAUCCAGGACUAUGACAGUGACAAGCUCUUCCCAGCCUAUGGCUUUGGAGCCAAGCUGCCUCCAGAAGGACGGAUCUCCCACCAGUUCCCCCUGAACAACAAUGAUGAGGACCCCAACUGUGCAGGCAUCGAGGGCGUGCUGGAGAGCUACUUCCAGAGCCUGCGCACAGUCCAGCUCUAUGGGCCCACCUACUUUGCUCCUGUCAUCAACCAGGUAGCCAGGGCUGCAGCCAAGAUCUCUGAUGGUUCCCAGUACUACGUUCUGCUCAUCAUCACUGACGGGGUCAUCUCUGACAUGACGCAGACCAAGGAGGCCAUUGUCAGUGCCUCCUCACUGCCCAUGUCUAUCAUUAUUGUUGGUGUGGGACCAGCCAUGUUUGAAGCAAUGGAAGAGCUGGAUGGUGAUGACGUGCGCGUGUCCUCUAGGGGACGCUAUGCAGAGCGGGACAUCGUUCAGUUCGUCCCCUUCCGAGACUAUGUUGACCGGUCCGGAAACCAGGUGCUGAGUAUGGCCCGACUAGCCAAGGACGUGCUGGCCGAAAUCCCAGAGCAGCUGCUGUCCUAUAUGCGCACCAGGGAUAUCCAGCCUCGCCCUCCACCUCCUGCCAACUCCAGCCCAACCCCAGCUCCAGAACAGCCCUGAGGAGCCCACUUAUUCAAUAACUAGCAGUCUGCCUGCCUGCCCACCCACUGCUUUUGCUGAAAGCCAGAGGCACUUGGAGCCCUGGACCUCAGUGAGUCUAGCUUGGGGGAUCAGUGCUGGCUGGUUGAGCCCUCUGCCCCCUCACCCACAGAAGGGCCUGGCACUAUCACCACCUCCCUGCCUUCAUGCCAAUAAUAAAGCUGAUCUUUACUCCA